AUGCGAGAAGGGCAAAAGUGCCGCCUCGAUGUCUCCACGUGGGAUGCAUCACCGAUGAAGCACUCUGCGGCGUAUGCAACUGUUAUUGGUGUUGUUGUGGGGGAGCGACGCCACCGCGAUGACGCUUCUCGGGUGUUGUAUUACUUUCAUACGCUUCGCAUUGAACGGCCUAUUGAGAUUACCGCUGCUGAGAAGAACAGUGGGAGUAGCAGCAGUAGUCUUCUGCACUCACGUCGUGAGAAGAAGGAGGAGUUGUCUGUAGGCGCACAUGCACUUAACUCUGCUGGUGGAUUUAAGUACAGCUUCGAUGGUUGGUAUGAUGAGAUAUUUCUUUACAAGAUUGAUGAAGAGGAGUUAGAGCCACUGCAGCGGGAGUGGUGUAUGGCGAUGGAACAGAACACAUCCCCGUGUGAAUUGCUGUAUCUCUGCUACGCCAGUAGGCCCUGGUUUGAGAGUCCCUUCACAUCUCUACAGUAUAUACAAUUACCAGAUCGCCAUUUGUGUUAUUCUGUCUCUAUCUGUCAUCGCUGUUUAUCGCCCUUUGUCUCGCAGCAGCAAUUACGUGAACACCUUACCGCCUACUGCCCCCACCGCCGUCCUCCUGGUGUAUUACUCUACAACGAUACAACCUGCGGUCGACGUGUCUAUUACAUUGAUGGUGCAAAGGAACUACAUUACGGCCGUUGUUUAUCUCUACUUGGGAAAUCAUUUCUCGAGAGCAAACAGGUGGAGAAUGAUGUGGACAUUUACGAGUUCUUCGUUGUCACCGCCCCGCGGGCAUCACUGCCAUAUGUAGUUGGUGAGAUGGAUGAGUCUACAUUCCGGCAUGAGGCCGCCCACUUUGACGCGGAACACUGGGACGGUGAUGUUGUGAUUGGUUACUUCAGCCGCAUCAAACACACACCGCAGCAUUGUCUUUCCUGUAUUGUUACACUUCCAGUAUUUCAACAGCAGCGUGUGGGUUUCUUUAUGUUGGAUGUUGCCUAUCGUUUAACAGCCAUGCGGCAGUCCAUGUGUGGAUGUGAGGCGGCGUGCGGUACACACGGUGGUGCCAUUUCACGUCCCUUCUCUCCACACGGACAGGCGUUGUUGAUGUCGUACUGGCGGCAGCGCGUAACAGCAGCGUUAAUGCAACAGGAAUUACCAUCACAGAGUAUGAAUAGCAAUCACAAUCACAAUAAUAAUAAUAAUAAUAUCCAUAACAAUCAGUAUAAAGAUGAAAAUAGUCAAAAGAAGAGUCAUGAAGGAAACAAUAGUAGCGACUCGAAUGCCACCUUCUCAUUCCGUGGGCUUCACGAGAAGGUUUUGGCGGGUGGAUGUUACAUACAUGAAGAGGACUUGCGUUUCUUUGCUUAUCAUGAUGAACGCUGCUUCUACGCGCGGAUCACACCAGAUGUGCCAGUUCCUAUAGUGAAUACAAGACGCAAAGUACCACCACCAGCAGGAGGAGGAGGAUCAAAAGCAAUAAUAACAAAUACUUCUUCAGAUAAUGCUACUACUACUACUACUACUACUACUACUACUACUACUGCUAUUAUUAGUACGAAAAGUAAUGAGAAACAGGAAGAAGACGAUAACGUUGAGGACCCACUGGAAUUUAUACCACCGUCGUCUGAGUUUGUGGGUUCGCUAUUACUGUUUAAACACGAUGUGGUGUGCGGUGAGAAAAUACCGGGUGCUUUUGAUGAGCGGUUUUGGGCCCGGGAUGCCAGCGGCCGCCAUCCAUACACCCGUGCUCUAUUUCACUACUAG